AAAAGUUUAUAAAUACACCUCGAACGAACCGUUUCGCGUUCAUUCCAACCAACGAAACGAACGUUGACGCCGUUUUUAGUGUAGUAUAGGAGAGGCUUUUUAUUCCUUUAGAAGAAGAGGUUAUUGUUUCUUAAUUCUCUCCUAUAGACCGAGAAAAGGUGUCAAAAAAGUUAUUCCAAGUUAAUCUAACAAGUUUUCAGUGAGUUUAAUAAAAAAAAAGUUUUUGGUGCGAUUAUGGAACGGUUUAAUGAGUUUAAACGUGAGAUUUUAAUGGGAAAUCGUACGUUGAAGAGCUUUAGUGACAUCUCGUAGCAAUGGCCGAACUUCGUUGGUUGGUACCGCUAUUUUUGGCGAUUUCGUCAAUUUUAGCAAUCGUCGCCAAUUCUUUAUUACUUUUAGUAUUUUUUAAACGAAGAGGAUUACGUACCGUUUCAAAUAGAUUUGUAGUUAAUCUGUUGGUGACGAAUGUAUUAUCUGGAAUCGUUUUAAUACCGUUAUUAAUAAUAAAUGAGACCGUUUUGGAUAAAGAAGAUAAUAUAAAAGAUGUGAAAACGUUAUCGAGGAAUCUAAGUGAAGUUGUGGUUAAAAAUGAAGUGAUAAUUCGGACUAAACUGAUCGAAAACGAAGAAUUUAUCGAAAUCAGUAUUUUAAACAACAACGAAAAUAAUUGUUUUUGUUAUUUCUCGCAAAUCGUAACAAACUUGGUUUGCGUCGCAUCAAUUUUAGGGAUUUUAUUGAUCGCUUUCGAUCAAUAUUUCGCCGUAAUCCAUCCUUUAAGGUAUCACACUUUUAUAAAUAAAUCGAAAAGCUUAAUUUUAUUAAUAACAACGUGGAUUUUUUCAAUUUUAAUUUCGUUAUUAAAUUUAAGCGUUUUUGAGGUUAGUUUUUGGAGCUGUCAAAGUGACGUGUCAAAAAGUGACGUUUUAGGAGAUGAGGUUAUUUUUGCGUAUUUUUAUUUCGUAUUGAUUUUUUUGGUGCCCUUUUUAAUUAUUUGUUCCGUUUAUUUUAAAAUUUAUUUCGCAGCGCACCAAAAUAGCGAAAGGAUGCGAAAAAGCUUAUCAAAUAACCAAUUAAUCAUUAAAAAUCACGUUAAAUCGAACGAUUUAAAACCAAACGACGAAAAAUCUCUCCCUAGGGUUCACUCAGCACCUAAUAUACCAAAUUUAAGCAUAAAAGAAACUAAAAUAACUCGUUCAAUAAGCGAUAGGGCUACUAGUAAUAACAUUAUUGUUACUAUAAAAUCGAAAUUAUCGAAUGCUUCGGUUUUUAAGUAUAGGGAAGAAUCGCGGACUGCUAAAAUCUCGAUUUUGGUGAUUUUUAUGGUUCUAAUCUGUUAUUUUCCUUAUGGAGUUUCGAUUAUUUUGAAUGUUUAUUUAAAAAGUAACCCCCCGAUUAAUUUUAAUUUAAUUUCAAUCGUUUUAUUGAUUAUUUCUAAUUUGAUUUCGCCCUUUUUGUUCGCUUACCGUAGUAAAAGGGUGCAAAGGGAGUUGGUUAAAACAUUUUUGGGACGAAAUCGGGUGAUCAAAAAAGAAUUUGAGCCAUUUAUUAAACCAAAAAGAGAGAAUUUAUUGGAAAAUAAGUCUGUGAUACCUAAAGUGGUGGUUACUUGUAGUAAAAAUAAUAAAAAUGAGAAUGAUAGGAGGGGAUCGGGGAAGAAUUGGGGGGGUUUUAAAAAAAAAUGUAAUUUUAUUUCCGUCCCUGAUAGUUGUUUGGAGGCGAGGUCUUCGUUUUCGAGUGCUAGCACGCAAAUUUCUAGUGUUGAAGAAUAAGACUGAUUUAAAAAAAGAAAAAAAAUGAGGGGAAUAAAGCGAAAAUAAAUUAUUGUAUGAAUUUAAUUAAUU